UUUCAACCCAAUUUCAACCAUAUUUCAACGUUCAAAUUACGUCUUGUGCUCACUGGGAAGGCUCAAAUGCCCUUGAAUUUCAUAUUAUCUCUAAAGAGGAAGGGAGAAAUGUUAAGUAUUCAGAAACACAUAGAACAGCCUCAUUCCUCCCUCCGCCACCUUUUACGCAAACCUGAACUUGGUUUGAGGUUCCUCUCCUGUUACGCACCGCGGCUCACACUCCCCCCUCCCCGGCCCCCGCGUCCACCGCACUCCUUUCUCCCCACCCCACUCCUCCUCUGCAGCAGCUCUAACAGAGCUGUAACGGGACACUCAGGGCACACAAGGCUUCACCCGUCGCAUCAACGUUCAGACUAUCCCCCCGGCGCUGAGGAUGCGGACGCCGCAGAGGCAUCGCUGUUUCGGCGCAUGUGGCGCGUUGACACCCUGAUUGCGGGUUGAAUGAUCGGAGGGACCGCGGGGCGCCACGGGGGAGUUCGUGCCGAUCCGGACCGCCGGAGAUGAGUGCCGGGCUCGCGAUGUGCCUGCAAGAUGCCACCUCGGCUCUAGGCCCUCCCUAAUCCUGCCUGGGUGAUCCAGAGGAUCCCCCUAAGUCCCAGGACACCUCAUGACUCAUCCAGUUCAUCCUCUCUAGCUAUAAGACGCUGAUCAAUUCAAACAACUCUCUCUGGGGUUUUCCUUUCUCCCUCUCAUCUGAUGCUGAAUCCUGAUGCACAAACUGAGUCUAUCAUGAACCUCUGACGGAGCCGCCAAGACUCGUCCACAUAAAGAAAUGUCAAUAGGAAUUCUGAUACUCCUCGUUUCUCUUCUCCCUGGGUUUUCCCUGUUGUUUGUUGGCAGCCAAGACCAUAGCUUGUCAAACACUGAGAAAUAACUCCUUGUUAUGAGGGACGCUGGGGCCCAAAAGACUGGAAGUGCGGAGCAGCGAGCUUUCCAGAUGCUGCCAUGCCCAUCAUCAGCAACGCCAACCAUGACUUCAGCAACCUGUCCGUCAGCGACGACAGCAGCCUGGACCACAUCUUCACGGAAAUACCCGAGACGGCGACCAUCAAGGGCGUGUACUACCAGAGGGCUCAGCUCAUCCGUCGACCGGAGGACCUGGUGUCCAUUGACCACGCGCUACUGGCGGUGAUAAAUGUCGGGGGAAACCGCUACACCUUCCCCUGGAGCACUCUGGAGCAGUUCCCCCUGACAAGACUCGGCCGCCUGUGUGGCUGCCGAUCGGCCGAGGACAUCGCCCGGGUCUGUGACGACUAUGACGAAGCGCAAAAGGAGUUCUUCUUCGACCGCUCGCCCUCGGCCUUCAGGGUCAUACUCAACUUCCUGGCCGCGGGGAAACUGCGCCUGCUGAGGGAGAUGUGCGUCCUCUCCCUGCACGACGAGCUGACCUACUGGGGGGUGGAGAUAACGUACAUGGAGCGCUGCUGCAAGCGGAAGAUGUACACUCGCAUCGAGGAGGUGAACGAGCUGGAGAGGCGCGAGGAGGAGUGCAGGCAGAGGAACGCCAUGCAGCGCGUGCCGGUGGAGGAGACGAGGUACAGAAAGGUGAUGAACUGGCUGAGAGAUAUGGUGGAGAAUCCGCAGUCUGGCUUACCAGGGAAGAUCUUUGCCUGCCUGUCUGUGAUCAUGGUUGCGGUGACUGUCAUCAGCUUGUGCAUCAGCACCAUGCCAGACCUCAGAGAAGAAGAGGACCGGGGCGAGUGUUCAUCUAAGUGCUACAACAUGUUCAUCAUAGAGACCGUGUGUGUGGCCUGGUUCUCCCUGGAGUUCCUCCUGCGGUUUGUUCAGGCCCCCAGCAAGCUGGCGUUCCUCCGCGGGCCGCUCAACAUCAUCGACGCCAUGGCCAUCCUUCCCUACUACGUGUCCCUGGUGGUGUCGGAGGACGACCCGUCCCUGGAGCACGAGAAGCCAGGAGGAGGUAAGGGCUACUUGGACAAGCUGGGCCUCGUGUUGAGGAUUCUGCGGGCGCUGAGGAUUCUUUACGUCAUGCGGCUGGCUCGCCACUCUCUCGGCCUGCAGACUCUCGGGCUGACGGUAAGGCGCAGCACCCGGGAGUUCGGCCUCCUCUUGCUCUUCCUCUGCGUGGCCGUCACGCUCUUCUCCCCGCUGGUCCACCUGGCCGAGAGCGAGCUCACGGGCACCCACGACUUCAGCAGCAUCCCAGCCUCCUACUGGUGGGCGAUCAUCUCCAUGACAACCGUGGGCUACGGCGACAUGGUGCCCAGGUCCAUUCCGGGACAGGUUGUAGCGCUGAGCAGUAUCCUCAGCGGGAUCCUCAUCAUGGCCUUCCCUGCUACCUCCAUCUUCCACAUGUUCUCCCGGUCCUACCAAGAGCUCAAGAUGGAGCAUGACAGGUUGUUCAAGGAGGAGUGCGCGGCGGCUGCGGCUGCUGCCGCCGCUGCCUCUGGGGAGCUGCAAGAGGCGGGAGGCGUAGAAGGGGGGGAGAACUCGGCUCCACCCGGGCUGGGAUUACGUCUAGACAAGGAUAGUGUGCACUCACUGGAGUCUCUUUCUCUGUUAGGGAAAGGUGGCGACGCUGCAGGAAAUAACAACCACAACUUGCCGCCGGCAGCUUUCUGAACAGUACCGACUGACCUAAACCCGAACAAGAAGACACGAGUCCACUCUGUGUUGCAUACAACAAGUACUGCAAACGACAAUUGCUUCACCUCCAAUAAGGUUGUGAGGGCACGGAUUUAAGGGAGAUUGAACAGACAGCAUCUCUUUUGCCCUGCAUAGAAUAAGUGUGCACACUGUAGACUGCACAGAAACGGAAAGACUUUAAACCCUUUAACUUGGACAGAAAGCCUCUGCAGCAUUAUUAGUAAUUAGCUGCUUCCAUAAACAUGCAAUAUUCAAUCCAAAGUUGCUUUUCCUUCCACUGUGAAAAUACUUAUAAGCCCGACUGCAACUUUAAGUUUUAUUUUACUUUUUAAUAUAUUGCCUACAGAAUGAGUUGAAAAUGUGUCUCAUACUUAAUCAUUUUCUUUCAUAAAUUUAAAGAAGUGCUCCUCUUCAAAGCUUGAAGCCUUGUUCUGAGGAUAAAUACAAAGAAACUGAGGGCCAUAUAUAUAUAUAAACCGUCUAUAUCUUUCUGAUAUAUGUUUGAAUACCCGAACUCAAAGACUCUCUCUCGCAAACUCGAGGUAAGCGGUGUGAAAAUACUAUGGUGCAGGUUGUUUUUUUGCUUGUUUUUAAUCGAGUCGACGAUAAGGUGAGAGGACGGAGGGAGAGAUGGCGUGUUUGUGUUGCAGGUUGUUUUUUUGCUUGUUUUUAAUCGAGUCGACGAUGAGGUGAGAGGACGGAGGGAGAGAUGGCGUGUUUGUGUUGGAGAGAGGGUGUGCGAGCAAGAGAGGAUAAGCAGUAACAACCAUGACGUGUACUUUGCAACGCUCCAAAUAAAAGCUCUCCAAGUAAUCUGAGAGAAA